CCUAGUACCGCCCUGUGCACCGAGCCGGCUUCGCUCGAGCUGUUUUGUCGGCUGGCGCUCCCUGUAGGGUGGGUCGAAGGUCUCGGGGCGGAGCUGGCGUCUCUCGUGGGGCGCCUCCUUUCUCUCCCGGUUGCCGGUAUGGUUCUGACGGAAGCCGCUGGCGGGAUGGUCCUGAGCGAUGAGCCGGCUGCGACCACCGCCGCCGAGGAGGAGGAGGAGAUGGAGGAUGACGUGCUCUCCAGCGGCGCCGCCCUGGAAGCGUUCGGCGAGAGCGCGGAGACCCGCGCGCUGCUCGGCAGCCUGCCUGCGGUGCACGGCGAGCGCGCGGCCCGGGAGGUGGCGGAGGAGCGAUUCCGCGUGAUUAUGGACAAAUACCAGGAGCAGCCGCACCUCCUGGACCCACACCUUGAGUGGAUGAUGAACUCCUUGCUGGACCUGGUACAGGACGAGACAUCUCUGCCUGGCCUCGUGCAUCUGGCUUUUAAAUUUCUUUAUAUCAUCACCAAGGUUCGUGGGCAUAAAGUAUUUCUACGUCUGUUUCCUCAUGAAGUAGCUGAUGUUCAGCCUGUGUUAGACAUGUGUGCAGGUCAGAAUCCUAAGGACCACGAGACAUGGGAAACACGCUACAUGCUUUUACUGUGGCUCUCUGUGACCUGCUUGAUCCCUUUUGAUUUUUCACGCCUUGAUGGGAACCUCCCCGCUCAACCUGGAGAAACACGAACACCCAUAAUGGACCGUAUUUUGCAAGUAGCAGAGUCCUAUUUGGUCGUCAGUGACAAGGCUCGAGAUGCAGCUGCUGUCCUUGUUUCUAAGUUUAUCGUACGUCCUGAUGUCAAGCAGAGAAAGAUGGCCAGCUUUCUGGACUGGAGCCUGUGUACCUUGGCCCACUCCUCCUUCCAGACCAUCGAGGGGGUCAUUGUCAUGGACGGGAUGCUGCAGGCCCUGGCUCAAAUAUUUAAGCAUGGAAAACGUGAAGAUUGUCUACCCUAUGCCAACACUGUGCUCCAGUGCCUUGAUGGAUGCAGACUCCCCGAGAGCAACCAGACCUUGCUGAGGAAGCUUGGCGUGAAGCUCGUCCAGAGGCUGGGGCUGACUUUCCUGAAGCCGAGGGUGGCCACAUGGAGGUAUCAGCGUGGCUCUCGGUCUUUGGCUGCCAACCUGCAGCUCAGUGCCCCGGGUAAGAGUGAGCAGAAGCCACUGUCCGAUAGCUUAACUUCUGAUGGCGAUGAAGACUAUGAUGUUCCAGAGGGGGUGGAGAGCGUGAUAGAGCAGCUGCUCACUGGGCUGAAGGACAAGGACACCGUGGUGCGGUGGUCUGCAGCCAAAGGGAUUGGUAGAAUGGCUGGAAGGCUUCCCAGAGAGCUGGCAGACGAUGUGGUGGGGUCUGUGUUGGACUGCUUCAGUUUUCAGGAGACCGAUAAGGCAUGGCAUGGUGGAUGUCUGGCCUUGGCGGAACUGGGGAGACGAGGCCUGUUGCUGCCAUCGAGACUCUCAGAGGUUGUCACAGUGAUCCUGAAGGCACUGACCUACGAUGAGAAGCGGGGCGCCUGCAGCGUGGGCGCCAACGUCAGGGAUGCCGCCUGCUACGUGUGCUGGGCUUUCGCACGCGCCUAUGAGCCUCAGGAGUUGACUCCUUUCGUGACUGCCAUUUCCAGUGCGCUGGUCAUUGCCGCCAUCUUUGACCGAAACGUGAACUGCAGAAGAGCUGCCUCCGCUGCCUUCCAGGAGAACGUGGGGAGACAGGGUACUUUCCCUCAUGGAAUUGAUAUUUUGACGACAGCAGACUAUUUUGCAGUUGGAAACAUAUCUAACUGUUUCCUUGUGAUAAGUGUGUUUAUCGCUGGCUUCCAAGAAUACACCAAGCCGAUGAUUGACCACUUGGUUUCCAUGAAAAUCAACCAUUGGGAUGGGGCCAUCCGAGAACUGUCUGCAAAAGCGCUGCACAACCUGACCCCACAAGUACCCGAGUACAUGGCCUCUCAUGUCUUCCCGGCACUGUUGUUGAUGACACUGAACUCAGAUCUACACACCAGACAUGGUGCCAUCCUCUCCUGCGCAGAGAUCACCUAUGCCCUGUACAAGCUGGCUUCACAGAGCAACAGGCCCGUCACAGACUAUCUGGAUGAGAAGGCAGUGCAGAGCCUGAAGCAGAUCCACCAGCAGCUUUAUGAUCAGCAUCUCUAUAGGGGUCUAGGAGGAGAGCUUAUGAGACAAGCAGUGUGCAUUUUAAUAAAGAACUUGUCACUUUCUAGAAUGCCCUUUAAAGGCGACACCGUUAUCGAUGGUUGGCAGUGGCUGAUAGAUGACACUCUUAGAAGUCUUCACCUUGUUUCCAGCCAUUCGCGACAGCAGAUCAAGGAGGCAGCUGUCUCGGCCCUGGCCGCCCUCUGCAAUGAAUACUACAUGAAGGAGGCUGGGGAGGCAGAUGUUACCAUUGAGAGGGAACUGAUUCCACAGUACCUUGCUGAGCUCCAGAGCCCAGAGGAGAUGACCCGCUGUGGCUUCUCCUCAGCCUUGGGUGCCCUCCCAGGGUUCCUUCUCAGGGGCCAUCUGCAGCAGGUUCUCACAGGUCUAAGAACAGUCACCCGUACUUCUCCCAAGGAUGUGAGCUUUGCUGAGGCCAGGAGAGACGGUUUGAAGGCAAUCUCAAGAGUUUGCCAGACGGUUGGCGUGAAAGCAGAGGGCCCUCCAGAUGAAGUCAUGUGCAGAGAGAACAUUUCCGAGGUUUACACCGCGAUGCUGGACUGCAUGAACGAUUAUACCACAGACAGCAGAGGGGAUGUGGGAGCCUGGGUCCGGGAAGCUGCCAUGACGAGCCUCAUGGACUUGAUGGUUCUGCUGGCACGGACAGAGCCGCAGCUGAUUGAGGCCCAUGUCUGUGAGCGCGUCAUGUGUUGCGUUGCCCAGCAGGCAAGCGAGAAGAUUGAUCGGUUCCGUGCCCAUGCCGCCCAGGUGUUCCUGACUCUAUUGCACUUCGACAGCCCCCCCAUUCCCCAUGUUCCCCACCGCAGAGAACUGGAAAGCCUGUUCCCCAGGUCUGACGUGGCCUCUGUGAACUGGAAUGCACCUUCCCAGGCCUUCCCUCUUAUCACCCAGCUCUUGGACCUGCCCGCCUACAGAUACCAUGUCCUGCUGGGGCUGGCCGUGUCUGUUGGUGGUUUGACGGCGUCUACGGUCAGGUAUUCUACACAGAGCCUCUUUGAGUACAUGAAGAGGAUUCAGAAGGAUGCUCAACUCCUGGAGAGCUUCAGUGGGACUCUCCUGAAGGUCUUUGAGGACAACCUCCUGAAUGACAGGGUAUCUGUAUCACUGCUGAAAAUGCUGGACCAGCUGCUGUCCAAUGGGUGCUUCGACAUCUUUACUGCGGAGGAGAACCACCCCUUCUGUGUGAAGUUGCUCACACUUUGUAAGGAAGAAAUCAGGAAGUCAAAAGACGUCCAGAAGCUUCGGGCGAGCAUUGCAGUGCUCUGUGGGAUGGUGCAGUUCAGUGGUGAUGUACGACAGAAGGUCCUUCUGCAGCUGUUCAUCCUCCUUGGCCACCCUUUCCCUGUGAUCCGGAAGGCCACAGCAAGCCAGCUGUACGAGAUGGUGCUCACCUAUAGCGACUUGGUGGAUGCAGGUGUGCUUGAUGAGGUCAUGUCUGUGCUCAGUGACACAGCCUGGGACGCAGAGCUUCCAGUUGUAAGAGGGCAGCGGAAUCACCUCUGUGACCUCCUUGGCGUGCCCAGACCCCAGCUGGCUACAAAGGUAACCAGUGUUCUGAGGAUACAUGGGGCCUGUGCUGUCUGCUGUUCUGAGCUCCUGUCUAAAGUAAACCGGGUCCCACAGUCGGUUCUCUCAUCACUCCCUGCCUGGAUGUACCUCCUAUUGGGGGGCUCUGUUUCUCUGAGGACACCUGUCUCCCUGGGGCCUCAGUCCUCUUGACUGCCUGUGCUUGGCCGUGGAAGCUGCUGUCGGAUGUUAGCUGUGGCGUAGGCCGUGGGCUCCCUGCCCUUAUAGAACCCAAGCCUCAUGCUGGAGUCCUAGGCGAGUCAGGGACAGAGGAACAUUCCAGUCAGCCAGUCCAUCUCCACCCUUGGGCUUUUCCUGGCCUGUGGGAUACAUCCCUCCCUAGAAGACAGUUCAGGUGUGCCUGACAGAGAUGACUUUCCUACCUUGCUGCAGGCCCCCAUGGUGGGGAUUCUGUCUUACUCCAAUCAGUACUGACGAAGCAGUGUUUGCGUUUGUCUCGGUUGUCCUUUAAUUAUGUCUGAAUUUUGGGGGAUGCACUCUGGAGCUGUUAUUAACUAGGUGUUCCUACACUUGACAUCCCCUCUGCCUCUGUUAGUGGUGACAUCUGGUUAGCUUGUCUCCUGUACAGUCAAUUAUGCCUUUCCGUCAUUUACAGAUCUGUAUUAAUUAGUCUUUCAUGUUUACUCUAAUUACUGACAAGUUUAUGUUCAUAGUCUCUGUUUCCUAUUUGACCUUCCUGUUUACGGUUUCUUUUUCCUUUAUCUGGAUUUUAGUUCCCAUCCUGUUCACUGUUCUGUUCUUCUGUCCCUGAUUACCCUGGGGCCAGCGCUCUUUCCCUGCCUACUGCCUCAUCCCUGGCCUUGACCUCUGAGCUGGGCUUGCCCUAACCCUGAGGCCUUGGUAUUUAGCUGACACAGUCUUGAUGGUCAGCUACUGUUUUUCCUGUUUGCUUUGAUGAUCUGGCUUUAAACCCUGAGCUCCUGUUACCUCGCAUGCUGGAAAGGAUUUUGUUCUUUCCCUCUUGUGUGUGCUAUGCUGGGUUUGUGUGCCUGAGUCCUCCCAGGGCCUCCCCCUUGAGGAGCCAGGGUGUAGUCUCAGUCUCCUAUGUGGAGAGCGAACUUGAGUUUUCAACUCUGUUCAUUCACAUACUUCAAAGUUCCCUAUCAAUGGAAAGAACAAUUUAGCAACCUACUCUGUCCACCAACCUGCUAGGAUCCUGGGACGUGGCAGCCUUUAGCCAUACAUCAGAGAGGGUGGGGACUAGCCUGACGUUGCUGUGUAUCUUUACAGCCUGCUCCCGGAAGCUGAACUGUUGCCUGCCUAGCUGGGAUGCCCUGCCCCGAGGCGCUACAACAAGCUUUACCAUCAUGGAAACCUGGUGCCACACACCGGAGAAAGGUGGCACAUGCUGCUAGCUGGACUGGGAGGCCAUCCACAGAGAGCAGUAACUUCAUGCAUGCUGUCUUCUGGUGGCCUGUUCUGCCCACUUCUGCUGUCCUAACACCAUGUGCUUCCCAUUAAAUCAUGUUCAUACA